CAUGACCUUCAGAGGCUGUUCAGCACUACUCUCUCUCGACUCGACCAUAUACUCUGUACCCCUCAGGUUUUGCUUCGCCAUAAUAUAGUCAUCACUCGACGCCCAGAUACUCUACAGGCUUUCAACAGUGAAGUAUGAUUGAAACGCGUCUUACGAAGUUGCUAGGGAUUCGGAUACCUAUCGUGCAAGGAGGAAUGCAAUGGGUCGGCUUGCCUCCCCUUGCUGGAGCAGUAUCGAAUGCCGGAGGUCUGGGUAUUCUAACUGCGCUCACUCAACCGUCCCCCGCCGCUCUCCGCGACGCCAUCAAAGAGACACGGAAAAUCACGAGCAAACCCUUCGGCGUCAACAUCACUCUAUUGCCGAGUAUCAAUCCACCGGACUAUGAAGGGUAUGCAAGAGCGGCUGUGGAAGAAGGCGUAAGGAUAUUCGAGACGGCGGGAAAUAACCCUGGACCCUUGAUCAAAUACUUCAAAUCACAAGGAUGCAUCGUCAUUCACAAGUGUACAACUAUUAGGCAUGCGAAGUCCGCGGAACGCAUGGGCGUGGACGUUCUUAGCAUUGAUGGGUUCGAAUGCGCCGGUCACCCCGGGGAAGAAGACAUCGGCGGCCUGAUCCUACUUGCACGAGCGUCACACGAACUGAAGAUUCCUUAUAUCGCCUCUGGUGGAAUCGCGGAUGGUCGUGGGCUCGCAGGCGCGCUGGCAUUAGGAGCAUCGGGUGUGAACAUGGGAACGCGCUUCAUGUGCACCGUAGAGAGCACCAUACACCAUAAUAUCAAGGAGAGGAUCGUCGCUUCCACUGAGAAAGACACUGUACACAUCUUCCGUACCCUUCAUAACACCGCUCGCGUUUUCAAGAACAAGGUAUCAGAAGAGGUCGUCGCGCUUGAACGGAGGCCCGGCGGGGCCAAGUUCGAGGACCUUCGGGAGCUGGUCUCGGGUGCUCGAGGACGCCAGGUGUAUGAGAAGGGCGAUCCAGAUCUCGGGAUUUGGAGCGCGGGCAUCACAAUGGGUCUCAUUAAUGAUAUUCCGACCUGCGAGGAGCUUUUGGUGAGGAUGGAGAGGGAGGCGGAGGAGAUCAUCGAAGGUUUGGGGAAUUUGAAGAUCUCCAAGGAGAAGGCAAAGCUGUAGGUUUGUAUUCGGAAGAUAGGACUCUGACCGUCAUCAUGUAAUUUUCCUAUUCCUUUCUAUAUCAUGAGUUGCGCCCAAGCAUCAAC